AUGGUGUACAGCCAGAUCAGCGCAUGCCACAACAUUUUCAAAAGAUGGUUGGUUUCUAUCACUGUGAAUUCCUCCUUCAUUCUUGAUAGAGGUAUCUGGUUUAGAAACCAUCACAGACCCUCCAAAUGUUCCUAUUUUCCAGGGGCGCUCUCGGAUUUACAGAUGCUGUCCUGGUUUCUUAUUUGAUCCCAGAAUGUCCUGCUUUUCCUUAGGUAAAGGUAAAGGGAUCCCUGACCAGCAGGUCCAGUCGUGGCGGGCUCUGGGGUUGCAGCACUCAUCUCGCUUUAUUGGCUGAGGGAUCCGGCGUACAUGUGGCCAGCAUGACUAAGCCGCUUCUGGCAAACCAGAGCAGCGCAUGGAAACGCUGUUUACCUUCCCGCCGGAGUGGUACCUAUUUAUCUACUUGCACUUUGAUGUGCUUUCGAACUGCUAGGUUGGCAGGAGCAGGGACCAAGCAACAGGAGCUCACCCCAUUGUGGGGAUUUGAACCACUGACCUUCUGAUCGGCAAGUCCUAGGCUCUGUGGUUUAACCCACAGCUUUUCCUUAGGAUGUCACUAUUUUCAGCAGAGAAAUGUUGGAACAUAUGAUAAGAUAUGGUCACUAUUUUCACUGGAGAAAAGUUGGAGGGCAUGGAGUUAUCUGACCCACGAGCAAAAGGCAGCCCUCUCUUUUCAUUAGGUAAAUUUUAAAAAGGUUGUACAAUACAGGACUGAGACCAAAUCACAUGAUUUUGUUCCUACAGAAGAUGGGGAAUGGGUGAAGUUGUUUAGAAACUUUAAAAGUUUCAAUGGAGAUUAUGCAAGAGCUGGAAAAACCAGUUUCUUCCCCAGAACAAGGAAUGUGGAUAAUGUCUAAUUAUUCCGAUCUCAGAGACUGCUCUUGUAAGGUCAAAUGUAGGGUUCGCCCCGAUCGUGGAGGAUUCGAGCCGCCGGCCUUCUGAACGAGCAAUUCCAAGAAGCUCAACGGUUUAAACCACAGCGCCACCCGCCUCCCCCCAGGACCUGCAGCCUCCGACGUCUCUCGAGUCAGCGGGAUCAAACAGAACCGCGGCAUUCUAAGCAUCAGCCUCCAUCUAGGCCCCGCCCCCAGACACGCCCAUAGCGGAAAGGACCACGCCCCCACCCGCUCUUUUUCUCUGGUCUGGAGAAGGCGGAGGCAACCUAAACCACAAAGCCCCGCCAUUGGCUAGAGCGGUCUCGGCUCGGGCUACUCCGCUGUGUGGGCGGGGUCGCGCAUCCGGGUUGAAUCUGGCGUGUUUCCGGCGGAGGCAGCGGUGGUGGCGGCGGCGGGUUGGGGGGGGGGAAAAGAGAAGAAAAUAGAAGGGAAAUUCGGGGUUGCGGAGCGACGGCAGGUUCCGAGCGGGGCCUAGCGAGUGCUUUUGAAGCGGGUGCAGGUGGCGGAGAGCGAGCCUGGUCUCGCGUAUGCGGCGGGGUGACGUUGGAGGGCGGGCGUGUUUUUGUUUCUGAGGUAAGUGGGGGCGCCUGAGAGGAAAUGAAGGGAGGAAUGGGUGGGGAGGGGAGACCGCCUGAGCUCCCGUUGGCGGCGGUUAUCUGAGGGGGCCGUCGCGAGGCGGGGAGCCCGCGUCUGAGGGGGCUGUUGGGAGUGUCGGAGACCCCGACUGAGGCUCCUCUUUCUCCCCCCACCCUUUGCACAUUUCGCAAAUGUUGGGCUGCCCCCACCCCAGUUUGGACUCGGGUGGGGUUUACCCCUGAGCGCACCUUCCCAGGCUUGUGCUGCGAAGGGGAAACCCAGGGUGGAGGAGAGAAGCUGUCGAGCUGUGGCCGUUUCAUAGAACCGUGGAGUUGGAAAGGAACCCCUGAGGGUCAUCUAGUCCAACCCCCUUUUGCCCAACUCGGGGCUAUAACUCACAGCCUGAGGUUGAUCUAACUCUACCGACUUAGUUAUCCCAGAGGCUUUGGGUCUGUCUGUGUGUAAUACAGUGGUACCUCGGGUUAAGAACUUAAUUCGUUCUGGAACGAAGUGCAAAAAAUGACUUAAAGCUUCGGGUCUGUCUGUGUGUAAUACAGUGGUACCUCAGGUUAAGUACUCAAUUUGUUCCGGAGGUCUGUUCUUAACCUGAAACUGUUCUUAACCUGAAGCACCACUUUAGCUAAUGGGGCCUCCCGCUGCUGCUGCACGAUUUCUGUUCUCAUCCUGAAGCAAAGUUCUUAAUCUGAGGUACUAUUCCUGGGUUAGCGGAGUAUGUAACCUGAAGCGUCUGUAACCCGAGGUACCACUGUAUAUCUAUACUGCCUUGAGAACUUGGUUGUGUAGUCGAUAUACAAUUUGGGUGCGUUUUGGGUUUGUUUUUUAGAAAAAAAGCAAGUCAUCAGUAUGUGGUCAUCGGGGUAAUGGGGCGGGGGGACGCCUUGACAGCCACGGUGUUCAGCGGCAAAUGUUUUACUUGGGACAGAGUUGGCUUCAAAUCACUUCGUGGGAGUUGAUGGGAGCUUUAAAAGAUGGGUUGGGUGAGGCAAGUAAGAAGAAGAAAGAAGCCCCGUGCCCUCUGCCCUAAGCACUUUGGAGAAACGGAGGGUCUUUUAAUACAGAAAUAUAAAGCACCAAUGUAAUGUGCAUGAUGUACAUAGUCUUUUUUUUAAAAAAAAACAAAACAAAACCACAGAAUAGCAACAAGAAAGGCAGGUCCCUGCCCAGAUCAGUUUACAGUAGAUACACAAAUGCAUGCACGUCCACAUGUUUUAUGUUUAAAAAAACAAUUGGUAGAGAAUCCUCCACAUAGUGGGAUGAUCUAGAAAAGUGACUGGCACUGCUUCUGAGGAAAGGAGCUGUUGGGAAGAAUUCGUGUUCUGGUGAAAGAAAUUCAGCACCUGAUACAGUGGUGCCUCGGAUUACAAACACCUCUGGUUACAGACUCCGCUAACCCGGAAGUAGUACCUCGGGUUAAGAACUUUACCUCAGGAUGAGAACAAAAAUUGCACGGUGGUGGCAGCAGGAGGCCCCAUUAGCUAAAGUGGUACCUCAGGUUAAGAACGGACCUCCGGAACAAAUUAAGUUUGUAACCAGAGGUACUACUGUAGUUGAAACUUAGAAGCCAAGUGAGGCCUUUUUUUCAGGAGGAGGGAGGAGUAUCAUAGAACAGUAGAUAAAACAGAAUGAUGUAUGGGUGGUCCAGUAUAAAUUGUUACGAAUGCACCAUUAUUUCAUCAAUGACGUUGCAGAAUACACAUGCAAACACAACAAAAACAAGUCUGGGGUGUCCCUUAGCAUGUUGCAGAUUUCUGAUUGGUUCUGUUAGGGCUUGUCCACACCUCCAUUUGCCCCCCACUCUCCCCCCCAACCCCCCCCAUUACUGUUUUCAACUGAUUGCUGUUUGUUCCAGUUCAGUGGUAAAGAGCAUGCUUCCCCAGCAAAACCUAUGGAGCAAAUGCAAAACGACUUGGACUCAUCCCUAAAAACACAGUAUAAGUGGGACACAGUAAGACCUGUGCUUUCUAGGCACAGGACAAGUGGAAGUGUGGAUGAGCCCUUAGUUAUUAAAGGAUAAGGAAAGAUGUUGCUGCACUCCCAACUUUCAUCAGACCCAGCUUCAGUUACAGCUUCUGAAGAGCCAGUUCCCCACCUCUGGAUUACAGACCUUGACUCUAGAGCAGUGUCCUCAAAUUAGAAUACCCACCUGUGUGGUUCAGCUGUUAGGUGAUCUAUUUUUACCUGUUCAAUGCAGGGGAUCAAAAAUGCCCAGCAUAUACUGCACACAAAAAAGAAAUAGGAGUCCCUCAUUUGCUUUCAAAUGCUUUCAACUCCAGAAAGCAUGACAACAGGGUUGAAGGAAGUUGUAGUCCAGCAAUAUCUGAAGGGCCCUAGAUUUCCUAGUCCUAUGUUAGAAGGAACUAGUGCCGUGGGGAGUGCAUAUUAGAGCUGUGCAUAAUUGAGCAAGAUACUGUGCUGAAUAAUAAUAAUAAUAAUAAUAAUAAUACAUUUUAUUUAUAUCCCGCCCUCCCCAGCCGAAGCCGGGCUCAGGGUGGCUAACAACAAUAAAACAAUACAAAAGUACAGCAUAAACAACACUCUAAAAUCAUUCAUUAUAAAAUUAAUUAAUUCAAGCCACUGGCAACCAUUGGGCCAGAGCUCCGCGAAGAUUGCCGAGGGAGGGAGUCAGGCUGUGCCCUGGCCAAAGGCCUGGUGGAACAGCUCUGUCUUGCAGGCCCUGCGGAAAGAUGUCAAGUCCCGCAGGGCCCUGGUCUCUUGUGACAGAGUGUUCCACCAGAUCGGAGCCACAGCUGAAAAAGCCCUGGCUCUAGUUGAGGCCAGCCUAACUUCUCUGUGGCCUGGGACCUUCAGGGUGUUUUUAUUUGAAGACCGUAGAUGUUUUUAUUUGAAGGAUCUUAUGGCAAGCCAUUGCUUGAGGCUGGGAGAGGAGUCAAGGGCAGAAUACCUAAUGCUUCAAGGAAGUGUUCUCUCUCUAGUUUGAGCAUAGAUUACAACAGAGAGCUAAUCGUUUUAUAGUCUGUAAAGCAAAUUUUUGCUGCCUAAAUUCUGUUGUGCUGUAAGCAAACAGGGGAAUAACCAGGACAUUUCAAGGUCUAUUCUCUCGCUUGAGCUAUUGUAUGUGGAAGUGCAACUGCAACAUCUUCACAAAUCCUCUGCCCUGUAGAUGUGCCCUUGAUUUGUGAAAUUGUUGCACUUUAACAAUUGGAAUAAUGAGGCUUGGAGGAUACAGAUAAUGUCAUCAUUAAGCAUGUAAGAAAAUGGUCUGAUUUGUAGCAUAUUAUCUAAAACUUGUGAGAUCUCCCUUAUUUGUUGCACAAAUGUUCACUGGAAAGCACAACAUAACGGUAACCCAUAAGUAAAACAGUGACACGUGCAUGGGGGAUCUUUAACUCUUCUGAAUGAAUGCAUAAGACAUUACUAUAUCUCUUCGCCCCACCCACAAAAAAACACAUCGUAAGCAUUUUUGGAGCAGGGUUAAUGCCCGGGUUUAACUUGAGUGUGAAUGGAAAGUGGUUAAGCAAAAUUGGCAGCUGGGUUGCUGUCCUUGACACAUUUACUAUGGUCUUACAGAGCAACCACCUCCCCCUGCCCCAUAAUCUGGUUCACCAGUGAGGUGCCAUGUCAACUCAGAGACCUGCUCUACUCCCACAGAAAGCUUUGUGGGCAUACACCCACCAUUGGUGUAUUCUUGGUGCUAGUAGUCAGUUUUGAACUCUGAAGCAGGGAAUUCCAGGAGCAGGAUGAAGGCUCUUUGGAUCUGCUAGAUCCAAGGCCCCAUUUUUCCUUGGAUAGACCCCAAGAACAUUCCAUCUGCACUAGCAUGGAGUUGAAGUAACUAAUUCUGUGGAGGUUGAAAAUGUUGUUGUUGUUUUGCCCUAGCUGGUAGAUGUUUGGACAGGGCAGGUGAUCUACACACUCAUCCUCACUUAGGAUUGUAUUCUUAAAUCUACUGAACAGAAUUCUCCUGUUGAUGUGUAAAAAGUUACCAUUCCCGUAUACUGCAACACUUUUUCACUAUCAUGGUACGUAUGAUAGCCGUAGGUGACUACAUCAUGACUUAAAGGUAAAGGUACCCCUGCCCGUACGGGCCAGUCUUGCCAGACUCUAGGGUUGUGCGCUCAUCUCACUCUAUAGGCCGGGAGCCAGCGCUGUCCGCAGACACUUCCGGGUCACGUGGCCAGCGUGACAAGCUGCAUCUGGCGAGCCAGUGCAGCACACGGAACGCCGUUUACCUUCCCGCUGGUAAGCGGUCCCUAUUUAUCUACUUGCACCCGGGGGUGCUUUCGAACUGCUAGGUUGGCAGGCGCUGGGACCGAACGACGGGAGCGCACCCUGCCGUGGGGAUUCGAACCGCCGACCAUGCGAUCGGCAAGUCCUAGGCGCUGAGGUUUUACCCACAGCGCCACCCGCGUCCCACUACAUCAUGACUUAAAAGUACAGAAUAUGAUUUCUGUAUUACUCUUGAAUUAAUGUGCCGUAUUUAAGGUUGGAAUAUAAAUACUUCAUCUUGUGUUAGAAUAUCCUUGCUUUGAAUUUAACUUCAGAACAGACAUAGAACUCAUGUGCUAAUCUAAAAAGUUAUUUUCCUGAACCAUUAGCUAUCAACUUUAGGUAAAAGUUAUUUAGCAAAGCCUAUGUAAUAUUAAAGCUGUGAUUAUUUUCUUAUUUUCUGUCAACAGCUAAUCUUUACUAAAUUCCUAGAGAUACUUUUUCACACCACUCAUUUAGUAACUUUAGUGAGAAUUGAUGUGCAAAUAAGAAAAUUGAUGUGCAGUUAAGAGAUGACCUAAUGUGUAAUAUUAGAGCAUUUUUCCUAGAUCUGUUUGUUGUAUGGCCUGAUAUGUAAUGUUUGAUCCUUGUUUCCAAAACUGUUUGCUGAGCGAAUAAAGUUUUAUUUGAAAUGAUCUUCAAGAUGACUGACUUGACGUAAUUCCUGGCUGUGGCUUUUGUGGCACAAACCUCUGUUUUCACUGCUAGUUCAUCAUCUUAUGUGUAAGGCAAGUGAGGAACAGCUGUCUAGCACAGAUUCCUCUGUCUUUUAAAACCUCUUCUGUUGCCUUGUUACACUUUGUUUUGGUAGGGGUUUUUGCUAGUACAAGGUGACUCGGAAUCCUUAAGAAGCCAUUAGGAUCAUAGCAGUGGUGCUUUACAGCUUUGGUUUUUUAAAAUUAUUUAUUUGUUUUGGCCCACCUGUCAUCGGAAUGGACAAAUCUUCAGAAUGUUUGAAUCUGGGGUUAACCACCCUCAGUCUAGUGUCUUAUCUUGUACCCUUCCAUGCUCAAAAUAAGUUAUUUGUAUGGUGCAGUAAUGCAGCAUAGCCACUUUUGAAAAGCUGCAGUUCAGGGUUCAAAAUCCCCAUGCAGCCAUGAAGAUCACUUGGUGACCUUGGACCAAUCACUUUUUCUCAGCCUAACCUACCUCACAGGGUUGUUGUGAGAAUAAAUUGGGAAGGGUGAGAAGUAUGUAUGUCAACUUGAACUGCUUGGAGGAAAGGUGGAAUAUAAAUGCAAUAAAUAAAUUGCUGCUUCCCAGGGACAGAGAGCAUGGCAGGUUGCAAAGGCAAAGGAGUAAGUGAUCCGCUUGCACCAGUGCCUAUGGACCUGCAUCCAGUUUUAUAGUCUAAUCCAGCUGCCAACCUUAUAUUUGGUUAUGGCCCAGGAAAACCUGUCUCAAAGGUUAGCGUAGUAGUGUUUCAUAUAAGGUUACACUUUAUUUUGGGGUGGACAGUGGUUAAUGGCUACUUAAAAUGUGUUUUUAAAUGUCCCCUGAUUUAGGAUUUCAAAUCUAUUAUAGAAAGGAACUUUAUUGCAUGGAAAUCGUACCAGCUGAUCAACCUUAUUGGGCAAUAUUGCUUCAUAUCAAGCUUUUUGCUUUUGGGAAAUUGGUGUUUAAAUGCCGAAAACAUAAUACAGUACUAGUACAUAAUGAAUCGUUUGCCCUGCCCAAGGGCAUGGAAAUGAACUACAUUUUAAUAACAUGCCUUGCUGUCUUAUAAUUUUGUGCAUGAAGUAAAUUACUAGUGCAAAAUUAUGUCCACAUGUCUUAUGAUAUAGUUGAUGAAAUAUUGUUUGUUGGGUAUAAAUAGCUUAAUGUAUGUUCUUGUCGUUGUUAAUAGUAGUAUAGAGCAACUACAUGUCUUGCCGCAAUGCUUGUAAUCUGUAAUAUAAUUUCACGUCUGGUGUUGUCUCUUCUUUUAUAUGUUCCUGUGGCUACAGAUCAUGGCUGCAGAGAAGAAUGACAACUUAGUCUGAAUGAGGAAGAGCAGGAAGAAGAUGGGCCACUGUGAUAUACUCUUUGAAAAGAGCAUUCGAAAGUCAUCUUUGUCUUAUUGCUGUUCAGGAAGGAAUUCUUCUACAGAAGGUAAAGCAACUUUGUCAGAGCUCAAAGGGUGUUUUGGGGCUAACGCACCUGCAUUUCUCUUUGUAUUGAAAUCUAACAGUGGCUGUGCAUUCAACUAAAUGGAUUGAUGGAUUCAGUUUGUGACAUAUCCUGUUCUUAUGGGAAAGGCAAAAACCAAAACAAAACCCCAAGCCGGGUGCUGUUGUCCUAUAUUUGUUUGCACAUUCUAUUUUUAUUUUGUCAUUAGAACCUUUUAGAACUGAAAGCUUUGGAGAGAUUUGCCAAUCGAAAUAAGAUCUUGAAAGGAUCUUCAAUUCUACAACUAUGAUGCAUUCACUUAUAAUCUAUGCUAUGCAGCCCAAGCACCAAUGGCUUCUCUGCAUUACAUUGUUUGACAAACAGUGGUGGAUGACAAAUGUUGGUAUGAGUAAGACUAUUUUGGUCACUUUUGGGAAGCUACAUAAAAUGCAGAUUUCAAAUUCAGCUCUUUCAGAAGCACUUGAAAACUUGCUCUAUAGAUGCUCUGUUUCUGGAACAGGACAUGUUUGAGUCCUAUGGGUGUUUUCUGUACCAUAAUUGGCAAUAACAAAGAUUCCUAGCUGAAAGCCUUAUUGCUUUAAAGCAAAUAGCAUCUGCUGAAGGUUGUUGCUUCUAUGCCAGAAAAACAAUAUUUCCUGUAGUACUAAUUCCUAAGUGAUGGCUCAGAGCUUGCCAGGGAGUACAAGAGAACUGCUAGGAGGUUAAUCGCUGUGGAUGUUGCUGUAAGGAAAGGGCACAAUACACUAAGUCGCGGCAAAAUGAGAGAGAAAGAAAUUGAGCACGUGCCUAAAAUUCUGUUAAAUUGACGGUAUAGCAGAGUUGAUGGGUAGAUAUUUUUACGUUUAGGAAAGAAUAAAAUUUUAGGGAGAAAAGGCUAACUUUGAGACUUUGCUGCUCCUUUUCUGUGGAACACUCUCUUGCUGUUAUUUUUAAAAGAAGUUCUUAAAGGAAACAAAGAUAAAAGCCACUGAAUAUAUCCAAGCGAUGGAGAACGAGGAGGCAAAGAAAUCUGUCAGGAGCAUAACAUGAGAUAAGAGACAAAAGGUAGGAAGGAACAAGGCAGUGCAGAGCUUUAAGAGCUAUUGAACACCAUAAUAGGGAGUUAGGUAAGAGACACAUAUUGGAGGGCACAUAGUCAUUGCUAGGCAAGGAAACUCAGGUGUGCAGCAGCAUGUUGAAUAGUGAAAUAAAGCAGAAUAUGGAAGACCAGUUGAACAAAAUACUGCUUUAGCUCACAUAAUUUUAAUACUUGAAUUACAACUUGGUGAUGAAAAGAGAAUCGGCAAUCUUUUUUUCCUUUACAACACUCCCUGGUGCUGUGAUCCCAUAUUACCAUUUUGUUUUCCUUUUUUGAUCUCAUUGCUCUUGGGUGAAAGUAAGCAAAGACAGAGGGCCUGGCAGAGCUUGUGUUCGAACUAUACAUAAGCAGCUUCAAGUAGCUGUUUUGUUGACUUAGGAGGCUUAUGUUUGACUAGAUGCUGAUCUGCCUCCCUUCUUUAGAAAUCUUCGACUUGGGUGUCAUGAUUGCUUUCAGAAGCAUAAUGUUCUGGAAGGUAAUUAAAGGUUACGCUUUGGGGGGAGUAAUCUGCCUGGCACUGUGAAAAUAAUAUGCUUGGGCAGCAGAAACACUAAAAUGAUCUGUCAUUCGUUGCGAAAACAAGCUCCUGGUCUCUCUGUUUCGUGCCAGCAUUUUUCCUGAGAAAAACACUCUGUAUGAAUGAAGUGCAAAAAGAUGACUUAAAGCUUUCAUGAAAUAUCACAUAAAAUCACCAGUUUGUUUCAUAGGUUAUUUUUAGAGUUACAGGCACUAACACACUCUAAAAGCUGUACACAAGCAAUGACUUUGGCUUGGAUGUUAAACUGGAGGAAGUAGUGCUUAAAUAAUGAAAGGUGGUUGCUUUCAAGAAUGGACUUGUCAAUAGUUCAUGUGUGUAUGGAAAAGUUGUUCUGCCUAGUUACUACUUAUUUGUGUAGAAAGUAUUGUUUCUGGAGCUAUAUUUAUGUAAAUGCCUCCUUGUGUUGCCCUCCUGAAGCAGUUAGUGACAAGAUGGCUUUCUUGAACUGACUUCUGCUUGUCUUGAAUGUAGCUUCUGAUUAGUUAAGAUGAUUUUUAUAUUGUCUUGAUCUGCUUGUUGUGAAAUGAUGACCGCUACUACAGAUGAGCUUUUGAGGUGCCAAUUCCAGUUGUUAUAAAUAUGGUCCUGUGAGCUAGAUCUGAGUAAUGAACUUUACACAAGGUUUUAUUAUAUUUAUUUAUUUAAUUUCUGGACUGUUUUCUGUAAGACAUUGGAAAGCAAUUUGAGAAUAAAACAAUAUAUAAAUGUAAAACAGUUUUGAGUCCAAUACAAAUGUAGAUGGGCGUUUUCCUCCUGUCUCCCCAACUAAAGAAGAUAAAUUAAAUACAACAUUCACAGGACAAUAGAAGAUAUACAAAUUUACUUGUCCUAAGCUGUUGGAAGGGCUAUUCAUACUUUUUUUACUUUCAUCUUUUUUUAAGUACUUGAAUUUACUUACUGGUAGACCACUAUAUCAUUUUGCUGGUAAAUUCAUGUCUGCUUACCAUGACCAAUUACCAUUAAUUUCUUUAGAAAAAACAGACAAGAACACAAAUGAUUUAAGGUGUACUUUUGGGAGAUUGUGAAGAGAAGCUACAGAUAUUAUCUGUAUGUCUACUUCUUCUGUCUGACAACAGAGUCAAGUCAUCCUUGUUCUUCGAGUUGAUAACCCUAUAGAGCCCCACAUUCCCAUAAGCAAGAGGUAAAGUCAUUGACACUUGUAAACUCUGAGGACUGCUUCAUAGCAUUAAUCUAUUUGUAGGUGGAGGUUGUAUUGUGUAAUGUGUGAAGGGCAGUGUGAGUAUAUUUACCAGGAAGAAUAUUGUUUAGUUUACUCAGUGCAAGAGACCUACAUUUCGGAAUUUUUGCUGUGAGCUGGUGCAGUCAAUAUUAUCGUCAAACGAUGAAUUAUUGGAGGCAGAAUGACUUUAGUCCUGUACUUGAACAUUUCAGAGUGCUCUGUCUUAUAUUUCUGUAAUUGAUAACAUGCCUGUGUAAUAAGCAAGAGAGACUAUCCUCACUUUGAAAUCUGGGAGGCAGAGCACUUUAAGACACUGGAAGCAGGCGCCAGUAGUAGUGUCUGUUACAUAAUGACUAUCUGUGCCAAGCGACAUCCAGACUGCAAGGUGUGCUGUGCAUAAAAAGGAAAUUAGCAUGUGGAAGUCUCAUUAGGGCAAUAAUUAUAUAGAAGUUCUUUCAGUUCUUUCAGUUUUUUAUAAAAAUGGAAAAAGAUUAACAUAGAAUAGUAUCCCACCUUUCAUUUCUUUUAAAGGAGGCUUGGGGUUGCAACAACUUUGCCCUAACCUUGAACUAGAUUUUUCUCUAGGGUAUCACAGCCCAUUGAUGUGCACUUGACUGUUACAUACAUUCCUAAACAAUGAGCCACAUUGCUUCUAAAAAUGUAUUUGGAGGUUUUGUGUGCAUUUUUUGUUUCACACAUCGGUAAGAUUUGCAUGUAAUGUGAAGCCAAACGAUGCUUAUGUCAGGACUGGACUUCGUGCAAAUGUACAAGCGCAAGGGCUCUCAAGGGAGAAGGUCCUGACCACCUUGCUCCCCCUCUGUACUUGACGCUGCAAGCUAAGCCAUGGGUUGACUUAGCAUGUUGUCCAAUCCUGAACUUGUGAUUUGUCUCUUUCUAGACAAACGACAAGCUGCAAACCAAUAGUUUGUUUGCAGCUCAUGCUUUAUGUUGAGCAAGACAAGUCAGGAUUUGGAAGACACACUAAACCAGACCGUGGCUUGGCUCACAGGACAGGAGGAGCAGCCAACAGCUGCGGUCUCCUCUCUGGAAACUCAUGUGCUCACACAUUUUCACUAUGCCGUAAUUUGGCAUUAUUCUGUUUAUUUAUUUUUUUGCAUUUAUAUCCCACCUUUCUUCCAAGAAGCACAGGUCUCUCCAUCUCCAUUGUAUUGCUACAACAACUGUAUGAGGUAGGCUAGGCUGAGAGACAAUUAAAAAGGGGAUGACAGAAAAAAGGGGAUAUUUUAUGUGCAAACUUGGUCAUUAAUUCUUCUGGUUGACAUUCUUAGUAUGUCUCUGGGUGCUCCAAUAGAAACUGGAGUCUCUUAAAAAUGACAAAAGCUUUUUCUGUUUAAUUUACAUUACAAUGCCCAGAAAGCCAUACAUUAAGUAGCUUGCUCUUUUCUGAAUUAAAAUUGGAGGCGUGCAUAACUACACAUGGAAAAUGUCUGUAAGAGUAAGAUUCACUCAUGUCCUAUGCUUUUGCUUGAGUCACACUUUGCUUGAGCAUGCCUCCUAAUUGAAAGAAUGCAAAACCAAAGCAUGCAGAGACACAGUGAAAAGUCUCAUUUGAUAAUAGACCCCCCUUUCCUCCUGUGUUGCUAAUGACUGGAUCAUUUAGUAAGGGGUGGGCAUCCUAUAUCCAAAGGCAUAUGAGCCCACCACCAUGCUGAAGCAAGGCAGACCUGAAUCUGAUUAUGCCUGAAAUGGAGACCUCUUUAAACCACUUAUACACCAACUUGGGUCCCACGAUACAAAAAGGGAUAUAAAUGUAAGGGGGGAAAUGAUAGAAUAAAACUGUUUGUGUGUUAAGGGCCAUGUUCCUUUAGAAAUAAUCUGUUAGUGACCAUAGGUUGGCAGUGAGUGGGGUCACCCCUUCUCUCUGCCCUAUAGAGGUAGGGACAGAUCUCACUUGAACUGAUUGCAUGUAGAGGGGUUUUGAAAUCAGACAGAAGGCCACAGGUUGUCCAUUUCUGAUUUAGUCACACCCAGUGCAGAUAAGUAGCUAGCUUAGAGCAUGGUGUUAGUAAUGCCAGAGCCAUUGAUUUGAUCCCCCAUGCUGGCCUUUUUGCGCUGAACAAGGGCUUCAUGCAAUCUUUGUGAGAUUACCUGGAGAUUCACCCUACAUUUUCAGAGUUCCGGGGCUGAGAAAUAGUAUGCAGCAGUGGCACUUUUCAACCCAGUGCCUUUUAAAUUAUUUCUGUUAAAUAAAUAAAAUACAAUUACCUGCUAUUCUCCUUGAUGUAGCAAACCAGGGCUCUUGUACCCUAAAACAGCAGGAGAGAACGGAAGGGGAAGGAUUCCAGACUAGGAUAGGAGACACCACUGCUAUAUAUAUUUUUUUUAUUCAGAGCUGUGACAGGCAGUUGGUCUGGCUCUGGCAGCCAUAUUUCUAGAAAUACCUCAGAUUUUUAACCAACUGCUAGAUUGUUGGCUUUCAUAUACAGCGGUACCUUGGGUUACAUAUGCUUCAGGUUACAUACACUUCAGGUUACAGACUCCGCUAACCCAGAAAUAGUACCUCGGGUUAAGAACUUUGCUUCAGGAUGAGAACAGAAAUUGUGCUCUGGCAGCACGGCGGCAGCAGGAGGCCCCAUUAGCUAAAGUGGUGCUUCAGGUUAAGAACAGUUUCAGGUUAAAAACGGACCUCCUGAACGAAUUAAGUACUUAACCCAAGGUACCACUGUACUAGAUUCCCAUCAGCAAACCACAAGUGUAGGCAUGUGCCAUCAUUCUUUUUGGUUGUUUUUAUUAUUGUGUGUAUCAGCCUCACACUUACUGUAUUCAGGUUUUUAAGGGGCCUUUUGUGUGUAUCUCAAAAUUUGUAUCUCAGAAGUCUCUCAAACUGUGAACUCUACUAUUGGUAGCCUAAACUCUUUCUUCUUUUCUGGUGAUUAGACAGCUCAUCAUUUUAGCUUACAAGCUAUCUCCUAAAGCAGUAAACUGAUAGGCUGCAUGGGAAUUGUAGGCUUCUAGCACUAAGUUGCAAUGAAUAACAGAAAUGAGUAAGUCAGCUGUCUGUUGCUAUUCCUUUAGCAAUUGAAGUUACUGACAAUGCUGUUAUUUGAAGAUCAAGCAACAGCAAUAUUUCAGAUAACAAUUGCUUCAAAAAGAUACCCAAAUCCCUGCACUCCACUCACAUGAGUAGACUGUGGUUUUUAAUUGUGCUGUCUAAUCCCUCUCCCUCCUGUCGUUGGCAAGGAAAUGGAAUUUUAAAAGCCUUACAUAGCAUAAGGUGCAUUAGCUGAUUGCAGCCACGUGAUACAAUUUGGCUACAGAAAACAGGAUAAUACAGUGCUAUUCCUGAAAAUUUGUGUAACAGGCAAUAUGCCUCCAUGUAAUACCAAAAUAAGUUACAAUUAAAUCCAUGCUUCAAGAAAAGGCAGAAACAUGAACAGUUUCUGAGUCCAUAUGAGACCAGAGAUAGGGAAAGCUACCUAUGCCUAUGUGAUAGUUAAAACUUGGCAGCAUUUCAAGUAUAGGUGUUGUGGUACUCCUAAAAGGAAAGCUAAAUAAGCAUCUUUCCCAUAAUAGGUUGAAAGGAUGGUUCUCAACUUUCCACCCUCCUAGCCUGUCAAUGCAUUAUAAUAGCAUAUAAAGCAGGAUUUAAUUUCUCCUUAAAUUAACUGUCAUAGAACUGCUCUUAGCUUUCUGUAUGGAAUGGGGGAGGGUUGGUCCAAAAUAACACCAGAAAAUCCAUUUGGGCAUUAAGCAGAUAUUCACUGCUCCUUUGCAGAUUUUAUCUUAAUAAAAUGUCUGAUUAUUUCUAAUGCCAAACCCAGUCAGUGUUUUUAAGUAUGCUUUCAAAUCCAGGGGGUAUGGUCCUGGGUAAUUUUGCAUUUGUUUUUCUAGAUAAAACUUUGCUUUGGAUACUACAACAUGUGUCACAUGUUUCUCCUACUCAGCUUUUAUUUUAUUCCUGCUCAUCUUUUAUUUUCUGAUAAACCUGAUAAACUCCCAUUGUACAGCUAAAACUAGACUGUCUAACAGCUGGACCAUUCAAUUGGGUAUUUUGAUUAAUAAUUUGUGAACAUCGCAUCAGCAUCAGCAUCAGCAUCAAAACAUGUAUGCCAGAGAGCUACAGGUUCCCCACCAGUGAUGCAAUCUCUCCACAAUUAAAGGAUGUCUGCAUUUUCUACUGAAUAGUGUGUACCAGUCUAGGUUUCACAGUUACUGACCACCGAUGUUUGAGCUUGUAAUACCAGAGAUCCUGCACAAGCAUUGUACAUUGAUAGACUUCCACUGGACUUUGAACUAAUUACAUUUUUAAUUGCUCUGAAAACCCUUCAGAGCUUCCUAGCAUUUGGUAGAUCUGAAGAAAGCCUUGCUACCUAAAUAUUUUGAAGGCUAUACAAUCUUAGGAAACUGUUAUCCGGGUACCAAAUGGUUGUUGCUUUGUUCUGUUCAGUUUUGCUACUAUCCUACACGCAGAACAAACUAUGAUAGUUCUCAUUUAUGUGAAGUUGACUCUGCAAGCCGGAGUGAAUUUCUCCUUACUGUGAGUUUUUCUUGUUUUUGUUUUUUUUCAUUUGGAAGUAUUAAAGUUCAAAGAACCUCUCACUAUGGUUUGGCUAAAUAUUAUACCUGUUUCUAAAGAUAGAGCAAAUCAAAGUGGCAUCUUGGGAUCACAAGAAUGAAUCAUUUGCAAAGCUGGAAAUAAGACAUGGAAACGUAUUUGGAACUAAUAAGAAAAUUCAUUGUUAGUGUAUUUUUAACCAAGGGGUCUGUUCCUGUGUAAAGUUAGUGAAGCCUACAUGCACUGAGUGGGACGUGGGUGGCGCUGUGGGUUAAACCACAGAGCCUAGGGCUUGAUGAUCAGAAGGUCGGGGGUUCGAAUCCCCAUGACGGGGUGAGCUCCUGUUGCUCGGUCCCUGCUCCUGCCAACCUAGCAGUUCAAAAGCAUAACAAAGUGUAAGUACCGCUCUGGCAGGAAGGCAAAGGGGGUUUCUGUUUGCUGCUCUGGUUUGCCAGAGGCGGCUUAGUCAUGCUGGCCACAUGACCUGGAAGCUGUACACCGGCUCCCUCGACCAAUAAAGCAAGAUGAGCGCCGCAACCCCAGAGUCGGCUACGACUGGACCUAAUGGUCAGGGGUACCUUUACCUUUACCUUUACCUUUACAUGCACUGAAGGGCAGUGGCUCUGUAGUUCCAGUAGUAGAAGGGGGUAAUGCUGGCAACUGCAACUUCCUACUUGUGGCACUGUGGCAGAACAAGCUGUAGCCACUGCAAUUUAUUUUCCUGCCCAGCUAUCAGAGGUACGUGCAGUUUGUAUUCUGAAUCUGAUUGUCCAAAUUGACUGUGUCCGAGCCUUGUGGACCACUGUAGGAUGUGUGUGUAUUCAUAUGCCUUUCCCUGGGCAGCGGUCUUUUUAUUAUGGAACUAGGAAACCUCACUAAAAGCAAAAAAAACAUAGCUUACAAGAGCAGGGAAGGAUGCUUGUACCUGUUACGCGGUAAUCAUAGAAUCAUAGAAUCAUAGAAUCAUAGAGUUGGAAGAGACCACAAGGGCCAUCGAGUCCAACCCCCUGCCAAGCAGGAACACCAUCAGAGCACUCCUGACAUAUGGUUGUCAAGCCUCUGCUUAAAGACCUCCAAAGAAGGAGACUCCACCACACUCCUUGGCAGCAAAUUCCACUGUCGAACAGCUCUUACUGUCAGGAAGCUCUUCCUAAUGUUUAGGUGGAAUCUUCUUUCUUGUAGUUUGGAUCCAUUGCUCCGUGUCCGCUUCUCUGGAGCAGCAGAAAACAACCUUUCUCCCUCCUCUAUGUGACAUCCUUUUAUAUAUUUGAACAUGGCUAUCAUAUCACCCCUUAAUAUAUUUGAACAUGGCUAUCAUAUCACCCCUUAACCUACUACUUAGUUCUCAGGUUCAAAGUGUAUCAGAACUUAGGCAAAGGUUAGAUUCCCUCUGUAGGACUAAAUUGUGUUUCUCCUCUCAGAGAAGUAGACAGAUUUAUUCCUUGAUACACUUUCGGAAUGUCAUAACACUGAAAAUAGGUUCAAAUGGUGGUGGGAAUUUAUUUACUAGGUUAUUUUCUUAGACCGAGAUCUCUAAGAAAUGUAGUAGUGGCUAUUGCAGUGAUAACAAAUCACGACUUCCGAGAUUCAAGUCUGUUUGAAGUCUAGAUAAAAUACUAUUUGUGUUAAGAUACUUUUUAAUGAUUGGAUUAACAGUCUUGGUAAACAGAAUAUGAACUAGAAUGUGGGUUUGUGGUUAUCAUGUUUAGUUCCCAAGCAGUAAUAUUUUUCGUUGCAUCUUCUGUUGCCAUUUGAAUCAUCAAGAUGAUUUAGGUUGUGUGGAAAUCUUUAAAGGUAUUUAUGGGUUAUAAAAUUCAGCCAAACUAUUGAACAGGUCUCAUUUGUGAUUUGAACUUGAGUAUACUGAAAAAUCCCUAGGUGCGCUGUGACUUUCAGACAUGAUUCAUUUGGAUGCUCCUUUAAAAAUUUAUAAACACCCUAUAAUUUGGGCAGCUGCCAUCGGCUUUCCAGACAAAUUGUUCCAGCCAGGAUAGACUGUUUGGCCAUGAGCUGUAUAUUCCUGCCGUUUUGUGUGUGCCUCUUCCCCUCUUGUCCACUCAGGGUGACCUUUCAAAGCUCAUCUUUGUGUAUCUAUGCUAUUCAGAGAUAAGUAGUGAGAAGUGGCCUAAAUAUUGAACAUGAUCACUCAGCGGCAAGCCAUGUUGCCAUAGCCAUCUCAUUAGAAAUGUUCCUUUUUAAUCUGAGCAUCUAGUAUAAGCAAUCUCACUGAAUGUACAGACUGAACCCUUUAUUUCUGAUUAUCAGCAGUGCAUAACUUACCACAAGAGGCAAAUUAAACUGGUGAUCAUGCUGCUAAAUUGAUAAUGUGGACUCCUCAUGUCAUCUGCUUUCUGGUUUUGGGUGAGUCACUUCUCCCUGUCUUGGGUUUCCCCAACUGCAAAAUGGGUUUAAUUGUGUUCUUAUUUGUAAAAUGCAUUAUUUUGAUGCCGUUCUGUGUCCAUGCUUGAAUAUUGUUUUUUGUAAUAAUUUUCUAAAACAAUCUAUACAUAAGCAUACAAUACAUACAUACAUUUUUAAGAAUAAGAAUAUAUUUAUACCCCGCCCAUCUGGCUGAGUUUCCCCAGCCACUUUGGGCAGCUCCCAAUCGAGUGUUAAAAACAAUACAGCAUUAAAUAUUAAAAACUUCCCUAAACAGGGCUGCCUUUUAAAAAUUGGAUAGCUGCUUAUUUCCUUGACAUCUGAUGGGAGGGAAUUCCACAGGGCGGGCGCCACUACAGAGAAGGCCCUCUGUCUGGUUUCCUGUAACCUCACUUUUUGCAAUGAGGGAACCGCCAGAAGGCCCUCGGCGCUGGACCUCAGUGUCCGGGCUGAACGAUGUGGGUGGAGAUGCUCCUUCGGGUAUACAGGACAGAGGCCAUUUAGGGCUUUAAAGGUUAGCACCAACACUUUGAAUUGUGCUUGGAAACGUACUGGGAGCCAAUGCAGAUCUCUCAGGACUGGUGUUAUAUGGUCCCGGUGGCCACUCCCAGUCACCCACCCACACCUGUUAAUCUUAUGGAACAUUUCAUUAGUUAUUAAGAAUAUAUUUGUCGGCACUGCAAACCAUGUAUAUAUUAUUUCAACAUUUGUUACAUUUUAUCACAGCUAUGAAAAAGCAUUAAAAGAUUGUAUCCUGUAAUUCUUCUCUAUAUAUGUAAUAAAAAGGAGACAAUUUUUUCCCCAAAUUCUUCUUGCUUUGGACUCCCUUCUCCCAUUCUGAGCAGUUUAGUUAAAUUCAUCCCUGAACUGUACCAUACUUUCAUAAUUAUUUUACUAUCAGUGCUUGAGCACUUAUGCCAUUGGGCAGCUAGCAAUAUAAGUUUCUACUUAUAAGACUCAUUCUUUAAAAUAUUGGUACCUUUGGGCCUUUUGGAGUUCAUUUAUUUUGUCAGUUGACUCUAAUGUAAUGAUUCUUUCAUUCUUCGCAAUAUCUCUUGCUUUUGUAAUAUUAUGCUGUAUUCAUAAAUUUAUAUUUCCUGUCAAACGGAACAUACUGUUGUACAUAAAAGACUAGUUGGGAUAUUUGAGGAGAUAAUAUUUUCUUUGUUUGCUUCGGACUUGCAAUGGUGUAUUAAUCAUAUUGGGUUUUAUCAGUUAUUGAAUAUGGUUUUUUGUGCUACUUAUGUUCCCAUGUUUGAAUGCUUCCUGACAAUAAAAUAUGCCAUAUUUGUUUAGAAUCUUAAAACUAAGGUCAUAUUGGCCAAUAGGACUACAUUUUGCAAAUGAAGAAAGUCUCUGUUACUCCUUUGAUGUCAUAAUUCAAGCAGCUAAAGAUAUAGCCAACAAGCUGCCAACUUAUAAUGAAGAGUGCAAUGUCAUCUCUACAGCAACUUUCCCCCUAGAAGCUGGUCCCUGAGUGAGCAGAAAUGAGCAGUCUGCUCUUGAAGUAUUCCAGGAGCCGUGCAAGUCACUUGAAAGUAGCAUUGCGGAAAGGUGUUACCAUUAAUCCUUUCUCGGCCAAUGGCUAUAUGCUUCCCUUGGGGAAGAUAAAGAUCUUGACAGAGGCUGGCCCUUGCUCUAGAAAUUUGUCACUUGUCGCUAUCAAGGUGCAAGAGUUUUUAAAUAAAUCGGACAGGGCAGUUUGUAGGACUGCAAUAAUAGCUCACAGUUCAGCUCAGUGCUUGUGGGGGAACAAAGGAGUAGGGAGAGUUUUUGUUUUAAAAAUUGGAAGGUAUGUAACUAGACUUACAGGAGAUGGUGUGACAGGAUCUGUUCUGUCCCAUUCCCCCCAAUUUCCAACUUAUUCUCUUGACAAUCCUCUGUUUCAGCAUUAUAGAUUACUGAUGGAGGACUGUAGCUUAGAGGUAUCACUGAGGUCAGAGGUUCUGUCCCACCAACGCUGAGUAAAAACCUGAAAUAAACUUUCUGAAACGCUGAAUAGCUGCUGGAGGUCAGUUUAGCCGAUAAUGAACUGGAUAGACCGAUUGUCUGACUUGGCAGCUUUCUGUGUUCCUAAUUUGAUGGCGUAUGAAACUUGGUGGACAAUCUCCCUCUGUUUGCAGGUGGACAGGGUGGGAUGGUGUUGAGCGCAGAAUUGGGAGGUUACAAGAUGGAAGGUGAACAUGGCUGGAGAACGCUGUAUAAUUAGCCAUGAGAGUUCAUGCUCUGAUCCGGUUCUUGGAGGAGCUGUCAGUCACUCCCAAGCCAUGUGUUUCAAGAAAUAAAUAAUUCAGACUCUUGGGAGACUCGGGUGUGCCAUCAUUAAGUUAGCCUCCUCGGGGCAGGUAAUUAUGCCGUGUCUCUAACUACAUCAGGAGUGAUUGAUCCAAUCUUGCUUGAUAUAGGGAUGCACCCAAAUUACCUGCCCUCAGAGGACGUCACACUCAACUCUCUAUUGGAAGUAGCCUGUGCAGUUUUGCUUCUCCCCCCCCCCCCCCCGCAAGGUUUGCAAGCUCGUUUACAGCUCCUAGAGAAGGCUGUGAAUUAAUUACACUGAGCCCCCCCCAUCAGCUGUCUUAGCUAUGGAACUUUUCUUCUUUUUCCCCUCCUGCCAUACCUGCUCUAUAAUUUGGUGUGAACUUAGACACACCUUGCCAUCGCUCAUAUAGGCAAGAUGUUCCACAGAAAAAAAACCCAAAAAAGCAAGGUGUGGAAUUAAAAAAUGCAAGUGAAGAGAUGAGUAAUUCUGCAUUGUAGAGGGAAGUGUCUAAUUUGGUGUUAGUGGGUGGGUCAAACCACCCAAAUCUGUGCACACAGAUUGGGCUGAGUGGAGUUGUCUCUUUGCUGCACCACACCCUGCUCUUCAGGGAUUUGAAGCUUUUCUGUCAAUCCCUGACUUAGAAUGCAGCCUUAUCAGGUUAGCUGGCAGUCAGGCAGCCUAGCCAAAAGAAUGACUUUUAACUGACUCCACAGAAGCAGCAAUCUGAAUAUGCUGGCGUCUCUUGUGGCAAGACUCCAAAUCUUCUGUGCUCAACAGUUCUUCGUUUCCCCUCUCCUGCUUUUUCUAGGGUUUUGGCAUCGGUGAUGAGAAAUGGGGUAUGAUGUAGCUCGUUUUCAAGGGGAUGUUGAUGAAGAUCUUAUAUGUCCCAUCUGCAGCGGGGUCUUGGAGGAGCCAGUGCAGGUAGGUCAGCGUAAAGAUUUUGUAGUUUAUUGAAAAACUGAAGGUUUUCUAUGUCAAAGCUGUAUUAGAUCUUCGUUCAGCUGCAUGACUGAGGGAGAAUACAUGUGAUAGUACUCUUUCUUUUAAUUUCUAAAGCUAUAAUCUAGUCUGAUUUAUUAAGCCGAAGAAAAAAGUUUAAAAAUGCACACUAUAUCUAUGCAAAUUCCACUGGAAUCUGUUAAACUCCAAACAAAGCUCACGAUGUUUAACAGCUCAAAUUUAACAGCCCAUGUUAAUCACGGAAUACUAAUUGGGUAGGUAGUUUAUCCAUAUAAAAGGCAGUAGACUUCAUGAUAGGCUAUGCACUUCAUGGUAUUAAAAUAUAGGUUAUUGGAGCACAUGAUUUCUCUACUAUCUGUUGCAAUUUCUUCUGGAUUUUCCAAAAUGAUAGACCUAGGACUGUGAAUGUUAACUAGUUAACAAUUUAUACACAUAAGGAGAGUCCUGCUGAAUUUUUGCCGAAGGCUCCUCUGUUUCAGAACCAGGUGCCUUUCAGAAACAUACAAGCAGGACCUAGCAUAUGUUCAAGCCAACCCCACAUAUGAUUGUCACAUGUGACCAUAUGCAUCUAUUUUGCUUUCCCUAUAGUAAUAUGGUAUAUAUGUCCAUCAGCUGUAAGCCUGUCUUGUUCUCUUAUCAGUAGUAAACAAAUCACUUCUAUCUGUAGCUAAAGUAAACUGGAUAGGUAAAGGAUUGAUUUCUUUGCUGGCAAGGUAUUGUUGAAAAGAUGAAUUAAGCUAAACAGCUAGCUGCUGAAUUUUAGAUUGACUUGUUCGGCUUGCAUAUGAAAGAAGCAUUGGGUGGCCGCAAAAGUGCUUUGGAAUAUCAUUAAAAGGAAAAAGCACUUAGUUUGAAUUCAGCUCUCUGACUUGCAGGUAGCUGGUAACUAGAUGACGAUGAACCUUCAGAUACUUGUAUAACUAGGCAUACUGGGAGUUGUCAUUCCACAUUCAGAACAAAAGCUUCUGUUUCUUGAGAGGCUGGAACUGCUGGAGCAUGAGUUUAUUUUUGCACAGGGAACUGGCAGAAACUAUUCUUAUCUUAGUAGGUCUCCUUAUGUAACAUUUGCACAAAGAAGCAUUAACCAAAAAUAUGACCUUGCUGCAUGUUACAUGGCUGGCUUUGGUGCUUGCUCCAUAUGCAGGUAUGGGACCCUAAUCCUGAAGGGCCCUUUGCCUUUGCUUUAUUCAGAUUUUUAUCCCCCCUUUCACUUCAAAAUGAAGUCCCCAAGGAGCCUAAUAUAAACAAACAUUAAAAGCAAAUAUCAUUUUUUAUUAAAAAAACCAAAACAUUGCUUAAACUUUUUUUUUUUAAAAGCAAAACGUGGGGGUGGUAGAAAAUCAAAAAGCGAGAAACAAUUUUCCGGAUGAAGCAAAAAGAAAUCACACAGUCUGCCCAGAACCUGCUAAAACAAAGUCUUCAGAAAGCAAUGGAAAACGAGCAAUCAGGGGGCGAGAUGGAUCUCGCCAGUCACAUCUUGUGCACUGAACAGAGAAGGCAUUUUCUCUUGCUAAUUAGUGACCCUGUAAAAUGCAUCAGUCAAGUUUAAAUGCUGUUCCAACCUGUCAGAGGAGACAGAAGCUUGUAUUCAGCGAAAUAAUUGCUGUCAUGGAAUGACUUCCACAAGCACAGCAAAGCCCCCCGAAUCUGUUCUGGGAGUUCCAGAACAGAUUUCAGAGUAGUCUGGUGGGAGGAAGGAGGAGAAGGAAGGAAAGUUCUGUUGCACAUACAAUGAUUUUGUUGGAUACAACCUACCAGAACUAGCUGAUUCGCAGUAGCCAUGAGAGAUCAGUCUACCUAAAAUAUUUUUGGUAAGUGUUUUGUUAUGGUAUGUGUGCAAAAUAUCUUAGUGUUAAAUGGUAUUUCUGAUCUCACUAGAAACAUUAUUCUUAGCAAGCUAGUUAGACAUGUUAAUAAACUCAACUUGUUGCGCUCUUGUCCAAGAGACAAACUGUUUUGCGUUUAAAUUUGAAGCGACACUCUAAAAACUGCCUCAGAAUGCACAUUGCAUCUAAUCCAUUGUGAUACGGUUCAUACAAUGGAGAGCAACAUGUGCUAUUCAGCUGCACAUCUUGAUUUUCUCAGAACAGGAAGUCAUUAAGCUUGGGAGAAUGGGAGAGGAAAUAGACCGAGAGCUUCUGAACUUUCCUAACUCCCUUUUAGAUUGAAUAUGUGUUGUGCAUUACCAGUUACCCAGCUGCCCCCGCCAGCCUCUCUUCAUAUGGGGUCAGGGUGUAGGCUGGAGGCCUUUGCCUGUAUUUCUGUUGAUAUGGGGAUGAGUCAGUGAGCAAAUGCAGCAUUGUUAGCCUCUAAUUGCUUGCUAAGGUUAAAAUGUCCCUGUUAAUCUUCUGUGUCUCCCAUCUGCAAUAGAGAUUUGCUGGAGGAUGUGCUUUGUGUGAAUUGCUCACAAAGAAUUUUAUUUUGUUGGGUGGGGGGGUAAUUAUUUGUUCUAUUGUUACUUGAUGUAUUGCAUUCAUUAACCUUUGCAAUAACUAUUACUGCCUAAAAAACGACAAACAUCUGUACUGCUGAGGACACGCUUAUUAUUCUGUACCUAGAUCUCUUUCUUGAAAAUUAAUAAAAAUGUACAAAAAGUCCCUGUUAAAAAAUAAUUUUAGACUAUUAGUAAAAGUACAGAAAUCUGUUUUGUUUGCCAAGAUUUGAAUACACUGUAUUACAGCCGUCAUAAGGCAAUAACUUUACUUCUUAGCAGACUAAUUCAUGAGUGAUGUUUAUGGGUCUCCCAAGCCAGUUGUAUCACUUCCACAAGUGUUGGUCUUGUGGUCCAAAUGCAGCAAUGCAAACACUUGAUGAAUGACCAUUUUGUGAUUUCAGCAACAGUGUAUUUUAAACCUUCUGUUGGCUUAUGGUGCUCAACAGGUUGACCAUUCUCAGCUACAUCACUGGCUUAUUUGGAAGCAUAUGGCACAUGCUGAGUGUAGGAGAGCUUAGUGUAGCAGAUGUCCAGGAAAAACCUGAGAGCACACAGGAAGAAACUAAGAAAAUUGGCUGGAUUCAGCUAAUGAAUCUUGCUAGCAGAAGCCAACUCAAGGACUUCUGCCAGCACAACAGGGCUUCCCCCCUUUCUCCACCCCCUGACCCCCCCAGGUUGGCUCGGGUUGGGGGAAACCCAAGAACAGCAGAUAGGCUGGAGGAGGUGAGAAGAGGGGAAAUUGCUCCAUCAGCACAAGCAUUUCGACUUGUCAGAUGGAACAUUCUCCUUAGCACUAUGCUGAAUUCCUUGCCAUUAUCAUAAGACAGAAAGCACGGUGAGAACCAAGCAAUUGCGAAUUAGUUUAUAGGAAAUUAAACUUCUGCCUUCUGUCAGUUGGCAAUGCCUGGGAGGCAUAGCUGUGAGACGAGUAGCUGAGCUGGUGAAAUACAUUUGUGCAUGAAUAAAUCUUCUCCGGAAGAAGAGUUAUAACUACAACUGUGCCUUAUUUGGAGGAUUGUCUAUGUUACGCCCACAGGCAGUGCAAUGAAAACAGCUGGUUAAAGGGAGAGGUACUGUGCUACUUUACCCUGUGAAGUGAAUUUUUCACAUCAUCAAGAUUUAUUUUAACAAUUCAUUCUUGAGUUGAACACCUUGCACAGUGGUGAAUGUACAUCUCCUUCCAUUGAUCUCUACUUGUACCACACCAGCACUGAAAUGGCAAAGUAUGAUUUGCAAUAGGCUUGAUAUGAGAGAGAGAGAGAGAGAGAGAGAGAGAGAGAGAGAGAGAGAGGUCACUACCUUAAAGGCAGUAGAUGAUUUUCAUAUCCUUUGGUUGAUGGCAGUUGUCCUGUGUUUCUGCUUCAGUGUCUCGUAAGUUAUAGCCAAAGUGAGCUAUCUUCAUCUGCUGUUAGUAGCUUAGAUUGGCUUAAAUUAUUGGUCGAAGUUCUGUUCUUCUUCCAACUCUUUCUCUCUUAUUUGUGAAAAACAUGGAAAACAGAUAAGAGCACAGGCCACAAACCAGUAGCAUGAACCUGAUGUAACCUGCAUUGGCAUACCUUGCUCUGUUCUUUGCACAGGCUCCUCAUUGCGAGCACGCCUUCUGCAAUGCCUGCAUCACCCAGUGGUUCUCCCAACAACAGACUUGCCCCGUGGACCGAAGUGUGGUGACCGUGGCUCACUUGCGGCCUGUUCCUCGGAUCAUGCGUAAUAUGCUAUCUAAGCUGCAGAUCACAUGUGACAACGCUGUUUUUGGUUGUACCGCUGUAGUGCGACUUGACAACCUGAUGUCUCACCUCAACGACUGUGAACACAAUCCAAAGCGGCCUGUGACUUGUGAGCAGGGAUGCGGGUAAGUAUUCAGCUAGGUCUGACCCAAUGCAUUUUAAUGUCAUAGUUCAGUGCUUUGUCUAAGGCAGGCAUGUCCAAAGUCUGUUUCAGGGGCAUUAUCCGGCCCGCCAGAUGGUUUAAUCCAGCCCCUGUGGCAGUUUAUCUCCUGGGGUAAAACCCCAACAACUUCAAUCCUUAAAAAAAGCUCAAGAACUUUGGGGUAAAAUCAUAAAAAAGCAACAACUUUGGUCGGCCCUCAUGCAUGUUCACUUCAUCAAAUCUGGCCCUCUUUGGAAAAAGUUUGGGCACCCCUGGUCUAAGGGUUUUAUAUAGCCAGUAGGGACGGGACGCAGGUGGCGCUGUGGGUUAAACCACAGAGCCUAGGACUUGCCGAUCAGAAGGUCGGUGGUUCGAAUUUCUGCAAUGGGGUGAGCUCCCGUUGCUCGGUCCCUGCUCCUGCCAGCCUAGCAGUUCAAAAGCACGUCAAAGUGCAAGUAGAUAAAUAGGUACCGCUCUGGUGGGAAGGUAAACGGCGUUUCCAUGCGCUGCUGUGGUUCGCCAGAAGCGGCUUAGUCAUGCUGGCCACAUGACCUGGAAACUGUACGCCGGCUUCCUCGGCCAAUAAAGCGAGAUGAGCGCCGCAACCCCAGAGUUGGUCACGACUGGACCUAAUGGUCAGGGGUCCCUUUACCUUUUACUAUAGCCAGUAGGCCUUCAUUCCCAUGCCAGUGUGAACUGGAAAAAUCAGCAGGAGAGAGACAUUGGUUGUGUGGUCCACCUGGUCAAGCUUAAUAUGAUAUGAUGCGUGAGGCACAGUUGAGUUGCGCAAUACUGGCAGCUGGUAACUUGAGACUACUGACUUCAGUCCCAGUUUGCUUUAAAGUAUAGAUUUUUGCUUCCGCAUUGUUUGCAGGUCACCUAACCAUGAGUUUCUAUUAGAAGACACCCAUUGCUUAAUCACCUUUCUCAAUUCCUUCUGUUCCUUCUCCAUGCAGCUUGGAAAUGCCCAAAGAUGAGUUACCGAAUCAUAACUGCAUCAAACACUUGCGGUCAGUGGUGCAGCAGCAACAGACAAGGAUAGCUGAGUUGGAAAAGACUUCAGCAGAACAUAAGCACCAGCUAGCGGAGCAGGUAACAGCUUCUUUUGCAGCAGUCUUUGUGGCUCCUUUAAGUAGAUAAACAAUUCCUCUUUCCCAGGCAAGCUCAAAUAACUGAUAAGAGUUUGUGUUGCCAUGAGAAAUGGCUAAAGGACUAAAUUACCUCUCUUGUUAGUUCAGAAUUUGUCAGAGGAUGAAAAAUCAAUGUUAGAAGAUAGGGAAUACUGAGUUGAACUAUUGUGUAAGUGUUACAGCUGAGUCCUGAUCUUAAGGAGGAAGGGAAGAUUUCAAAAGACUCUUGCCCAGAUGGAUUUCAAUUAUUUUUUAGACUCUGGAUUCCUCUCAAGUUCUGAGUGGCUGUAAAAUAUCCAAAAGGGGCAUUCACUAUGUGACAGUUGGUUUUUCUUAAAAUACAGAGGCUAAAAUCUUUCAGGUACUGAAAGUUCCUUUUGUAGCUUUGAGCAGUAAUGCAGUCUAGUACUACAGGACAUUAUCAUUGAAUGGUAUUUAUAUAGUGUACAGUGGUACCUUGGUUCUCAAAUGUAAUCCAUUCUGGAAGUUGGUUCCAAAGCCAAAGUAUUCCAAAACCAAGGCGUGCUUUCCCAUAGAAAGUAAUGCAAAAUGGAUUAAUCCGUUCCAGGCUUUUAAAAACAACCCCUAAAACAGCAAUUUAACAUGAAUUUUACUAUCAAAUGAGACCACUGAUCCAUAAAAUGAAAGCAAUAAACAAUGUACUGCAGUCACACAGUCAAUCAGUAGCUGAACUGGGUUCCACACAGUCACAAAAACAAAACAAAAAAGUCACAAAAACGCAAAAUAAAUAGCAAAAACAGACAGACCUCAGCAUAACACUCAAAACGGAAGCGUGGCACUCAAAACGGAGCAUGUUCAGCUUCCAAAAAAAGUUCGCAAAUCGGAACACUUACUUCUGGGUUUGCAGUGUUUGGAUUCCAAGUUGUUUGAGUACCAGGGCGUUUGAGAACCAGGGUACCACUGUUCUAUGUGAAUGCAUUUUUUUGUUCUAGUACUGUAACCUCUGGAUCCUAUUGAUUGAGCUAAUGAGACCCCUUUUAGAAUAUCAGUGAUCCAAGUGGCAACUCCUGAGUCAAAUUUGACUCCUUGAAUGGUGCUUUCUGGCCUCCUCAGUUGCCAACCCCAGAGGUAAAAAAGGGGUGUGAAUGAGCAAUAAAUUUGACACUUGAAAGGGGAGGGGGCAUGGCAUGCCUCCUCCCUCGUAAAGUGUUCCUUCAGUAACACUGUUUGUGUGCUAAUAAAAUACAGCCAUAUAGAAUGCUAACAUGCAGCCUCCUCUGAAGCAUCAGUUUAGCUGGAAAGUCAAAUCUCAGUGACUCAAGGGGCAGGGCCACUGUGGCAAGACGAGAAGUGGUCCCAGAAGAUAAACCUAUUUGGGCCAGGGAGCCCUGAGACUGGGUUGCCAACUAGCUGUAUAUUAGCAAGGUGGGAAAUUGGAGGAGAAAGGGGGAAUGAUGCUGCCUCAGAGCCAGAGAGGCUAAAGGAAGCCGGACGGAUGAGUUGGCAGGAAGAAAAUGGGGAGCUUGAAGUGACACAGAGCUGAAGAAAGGAGGGGUCAAGGAGAAGGCAAGAACAAACUCCAUGCAGUGCUGGCUUUGCCACUGAGUUGUGGCAGGCUUAUGAUGCCUUCAAAAACUGUUGGCUCAUACAAAUGGCUAAAGUUUGCCUCUGAAUGCAAGUUGCAUGUAGCAAGCUACAGGGGAGUACUUUUGCCUCCAAGUCCUGCUUUGUGGGCUUCCCAAAAACAUCUGGCUGACUUGUGAGAAGCUAGAUGCACCUUUGGUCUGAUCCUUGAUGCCAAUGGUUGUGCUUUUACGCCUGUCAUGAAACUUUUGAAGGCAUGAGAGCCCUGCCGGAAAAAAAGGUCUUAUUUUCAGGAAUCACGGAAUGCCUACAGGGCAUAUUUAUUAUAUCCCACUUUUCCUUUAGAAAGUUCAGGUCAUCGUAAUGUAGGGUUCCCAUGUUCUCCCUAUCCUGGAGAAAUGGGAGAGAGGUCCACAUUCACUUAGCUUCAACCACGCUAUGCGUUUUAUGUUCCCUGAAUCUUCACUAGGUCCAUACCUAGCAUCCCAUUACCGUCUCAUAAUGGAGAGAUCUAAAUGUCGGGGCCUUUUUUUUUAACCAGGUCUUUCUCAAAAUCUUAUUUGAAAAACUGCAGCUUUCAUCUUCUCGUUUACUCUGUUUCUUUCAGAAACGUGACAUUCAGUUGUUGAAAGCAUAUAUGCGAGCGAUACGUAGUGUCAAUCCCAACCUGCAGAAUUUGGAGGAGACUAUUGAAUAUAAUGAAAUCCUAGAGUAAGUGCUGGAACUGAGUUUUAAAAGAGGGUGGAAUGGCGAGGGUAUUUUUUUGACAUGGGCAAGGCCAGCAUAGCUAAGAUAAUGUUGGAAAGUGAUUGAAAAAGGGAAUGGAGAAGACCUCACUGUCUUGUAAUCUCUCUCUCUUUCUCUCUCUCUCUCUCUCUCUCUCUCGCUCUCUCUCUCUCUCUGUGUUCACAUUGCAAAUUUGCACAUUUCUAGGGAUACAAUAAGGGACGCGGGUGGCACUGUGGGUUAAACCACAGAGCCUAGGACUUGCCGAUCAGAAGGUCGGCGGUUCGAAUCCCCAUGACGGGGUGAGCUCCCGUUGCUCAGUCCCUGCUCCUGUCAACCUAGCAGUUCGAAAGCACGUCAGAGUGCAAGUAGAUAAAUAGGUACCGCUCCAGUGGGAAGGUAAACGGCGUUUCCGUGUGCUGCUCUGGUUCGCCAGAAGCAGCUUAGUCAUGCUGGCCACAUGACCCGGAAGCUGUACGCCAGCUCCCUCGGCCAAUAAAGCGAGAUGAGCGCCACAACCCCAGAGUCGGUCAUGACUGGACCUAAUGGUCAGGGGUCCCUUUACCUUUACCUUUAGGGAUACAAUAAUAUACAGAGUAGGCAAGGAGGUGCUUCCUAUUAUGCCAACGCAGGUGUUUGUGGGGGUGGCUGCAGGGGCAAGAGAGGAAGGGGUGGAGUUCCACUCAGAUAUCACCCAAGGUGUUUCUGAACAUUGGAUUCCUGGAGUGUUACAGGAGCUUGAAUCCACGCUGCCUGGCUGAUGUGCAUACAGGAGCAAUAGGUAGAAAAGAAAUGUUUACUAUUUUGCAUUUUUAUUUUGAAGGCUUAGGUCAGAUACUGUGUUCAUAACACGGAUGAAAACAAUCAAAAUUAAAAAUGAAAUCAGUUCCGUUCUAGUCUUAAACCCCUACACUGUCUCUGGAAAAUGUUACAAUAGCUUCUCUGUGGCAAUUUUUUAGGGAAAGAAAAAUCCACUGUUGUGUGUCUGCUUUUUAACAUCCUGUCAUAUGUACACCAUCGGUCAAUUCCAACUUACAUGAUGAAGCAAAAGGAGUGUGUAGAGCAGGGUUGUUUGCAAUUAAAAAGGAGAACAAACAAUGGGCUGUAGUAAAAUAUCUCAUUAUGUAUGAUGUGAUGUAGAAGGGAGAAAAGGAUUUAAACACCUUUCCUAAAUAUGGAGCCUUAUUCAAUAUAACUCUCUUGUCUUCCAAAGUGUUGAUUCCCUGAAAUCCAUACCAGCUGACAGUGCAGGCCCUGGACCAAGAUAUUAUGUGCCUCUUUCAGUCUUAACCAUGGGAGACAAUAAGCUGCCAGCAGUUUAAAGUAGCUGCAAUCUCCAGUAGCAGAGUGCAUUAUAGGGAUCAAAUCUUGAAGCCUCACAUUUCUCACUUCAGGGUAGAUUGGAAAUGAAAUAAUGGAUUUGGUGGCAGAGCUGAAAAUUGAAUUCCCCUGCCUUAAGCCUUGAGACUAAACUAAUAACCUGUGGUUCUCGUGGCCUUUGGAAAACCCUAGCACCCCUUGGAAGCUUCUGAAAAGUUCAAGAACAGAAGAAGUGCUGCCUAUAAUACCAUUUGCCCAUGACUGAUCUUCCUGUGUGAUACACAACCAUAGAGAAGUGGGGGGUCAGGGGUAGCUGGGUGUGUUUUGAGGAUCACAUGGUUUACCUGAGGCAACUGGAGACCCAUCUGGUCUGCCCAAGGUUCCUAGUAAACUGAAUGAGCCUCCUAGAACAUGCCCCAGAAUUAUGUAUAAUGUGCAAGGGGUUUCUUGGAGGACAGAUCAAUGAGGAAAGUGUUCUCUAAAGAUGGAAAGUUGGAAAACCACUGAGCAAGUCUCUUCCCAUUCCAUUGUCUUUUCCUCGAAGUUUGAAGCAAAAUGCCAUGCAUUCGUUGCAUUUAUUUUUCACCUUUUACACACACACACACACACACACACACACACACACUUUAAAGUGAGUUACAACCCCAGUUAAUAUCUGCAGAAGUGCUCAGAAUAAGCUGGCAGCUUCUGAGUCAAGACUACUAUUGUAGUUUGGCCCAAGGCCAGAGGUUAGAUCAGCAAUACAAUUUAGGAUUCCUCACCUUCAGGCUUGUAGGUAACGCUCUGUGUUUCCCCUGAUAUUUCUCUUACAUUGACUUGUUUUAUCCCCCAAUUGCUUCUAGGUGGGUGAACUCCUUGCAGCCAGCCCGAGUGACACGAUGGGGCGGUAUGAUUUCUACACCAGAUGCCGUACUUCAGGCUGUCAUCAAGCGCUCGUUGGUGGAGAGUGGCUGCCCCACAUCCAUCAUCAACGAGUUGAUUGAAAACGCCCACGAACGGAACUGGCCCCAGGGCCUGGCCACGCUAGAAACCCGCCAGAUGAACCGGCGCUAUUAUGAAAACUAUGUGGCCAAACGCAUUCCGGGCAAGCAGGCUGUGGUGGUGAUGGCCUGUGAGAAUCAGCACAUGGGUGAGGAGAUGGUGCUGGAGCCAGGCCUGGUUAUGAUAUUUGCACACGGAGUGGAGGAAAUCUAAAGACUUAGCAGAGAUGAUGAACGAAUGUGCUUGAGAGAGAAAUAUACCGUGUCCAAGCUGACUGAUCUUGCCCCGCUGUGCCGUGUCAGGGCAUUAUUUCUCUCUGUUGAUUAACACACCACUUCCUAAUUAUACUGGGCAGGUGCCCAGCAACUUAUGCAAGAUGCCGUGCUGCAUUUUCCCCACCCCACCCCCUUGUGAUAAUCCCCCUCCGGUUUGAUGUUGGCGCAGGUUUCCAAAUGUCUUCAUAAAAGCACAAGAAACUCCUCUGUGCUCCGGUAAGUGGGCUUCUGCCGUAAACGUCUUUAGAGAAGUCUUCAAUCUCCUGACAUGAGUGCACUGGCCCAGAUGACUUGGUUUCUCUUCAAAGCAUCUCUGUGCAGGGCACACGCUUUUCCCAUCUUGGCCCCAUAGCAUCUGACUUUCACGCAGUACCUUUAAGGCACAACUUUGCAGCCUUUUUUGGGGUGGGAUGGGGUGGAUGGACAAGGAUGGGGUACAUGAGAAGGCAGAUGCCAAACUGGGAGUAAUGCCAAAUAAAAUAUACAUACCAGUAGUGAUGUUUUUGGCGUACAAAGUGUUAUGGAGCCAAAAACCCGACAGGACAAUUUCUGCAACUUCCUUGAGAUGCGUGGCCUUACGUUGCACAGGAGACAACCCUUCCUUUUCAGAUAGGGCCUGGUUUUCAACAGAAUUAGCAUUUUUAGCAAUGUGCUGUUGCUGCUGCUGCUGGUGCAGAAUUAAAUGCACAUCUCCUCGCAGAACCCAGAUGUCAUCUUCCUCCUCGUACUCUCAAAGUGCCGCUGGUGAGGUCAGGUUCUGUGCUGACUUCAGUCCUUUCUCAUAGGAUGCAAGCCUUCAAGCAGAUGCUCUGCUCAGUUUGAACAGAACCAGACUCCUCUGAAUUGUGUGUGCCAUUUAAGGUUGUCUCAACUUCGUGACCUUGCAAAGAAAAUGGGGGAAAAAAAUUGAAAUUAACCUGGAUGAAACUGUCUUGUCAUUGUACGUUGGCUGUUUUGAUAAAUCUGUGUUUUGUUUUGUUUUUGACAUCUUGAUGAUUGUGUCCAGUAUUUUUUUGUACUACUUUUGCCUUUAUAUGUUUCCCUUAUUUUAUUUUUUAAAUACAGUGGUCAGGAAUGUCUUCAGGUCCAAGUUUAGUUUACCUGUUAAAUUUAAUUUAUUUGCAACCGUUUUUUACAGCCACUUUCUUUUUGUGUGUGUUGCUUUGAAUAUUUCUUCCUUGCUUUUAAGCAUUUGUGCUGGAGUUGGUGGGGCAAGAAAUAAAAGCAUCAAUAAAAGAGCAGUUGGACCUUGCUCUGUAUCAAAACACUGACAGUACCAUCCCUUCUGAACACCUUUCAUUCUGUUAAGACUCCCUGAAUAUCCUCAGCUGAGCAGAAACUUUGAACCAAGGUUUAAUUCCCUUUCUUGUGCUAUUGCUGCCUGAAAUGGUUGCUGUUAAUAUUUCACAUAAGGGAUUUGCAACAGUAGAUGACCAUAGCUGCUGCCUUCAGCAUAGAGUUUGGACCACUUUGCAAGCAGUUACCAUCUGCAAAUGUUUGGGACAGAAAGAACUUCUGGAUACUAUCAACAGGAAUGAUGGCUGCUUGAGGAAUGUUUCAUCUCCUGCCGCACUGUAAAUGGAUGCAAUGGAAUAUAUCAUCUAAGAAGUGUUUUCCCAGUCCUGUAUUAUAGUAAGUGGCCUGGUUCUUCAUGGUGAUCCUAUGGUGGAGAAUCAGCGUAUAUUGGGAAUGUGGUUUUCACAGCAAUUGAUAGCCGGCAACCAUUGCUCUUUUUGUGGAAAGUGUGUUGGGGUGGGGAGAGAGAGGAUAGAAGAGUAUAGGAAGACACGAUUCUUAAACCCCUUCAAAAAUAAUCUCCAUCCCUCUUGUGGAACUUCAAUCAUUCCUAUGAAUAAAGUGCAUGAAUAAUGCAGCUUAGCUUUUGUUUAUGAUCUUGAAUAUUCACCAAGCAGAUGCUGUUUCCAGUUUCAUUCUGUGGGAAAUGCUUGUGCUUUGGAGAUACUUAAGUCUGCAGCAAUCAUUCUGUUUGUGGCCUUUGCUUUUUCACAGACCUGUUCAUUAGUUGCUCUCCAGCUCUGCCGUGUCCUCGGUUUUCCUCCUCCUUCCAGUUUUUCUCCUUUGUUGGCACACUGCUUAUGCUCUGCUCCCAAGUAGAACUUUGCUUCAGAAACCGAGCCUGUUACCAUUUCCUAUGGUGUUUCAGCUUUUACAACUGUUAACUGUAUGAGCUGCUACUUAAAAGUAACUUUACAGUUCAUUUAUUCGUACUUCAAUUUUGUAAGUGAUGAUUUAAAAACACCUGGAAUGUGCUUCAAAAGUCAGAUCAGUUUUAGGGAUGGAAUGGGUUGUGCUCGUAUACAUGUCAGUGAUAAUGACAUGUUUAGAAAGGGGAAUAUGCUGGUUGGAAGUAAUUUCUAACUCUGUCCCUGUUGCUCAGGAAUUGAAAAAGCUGCUAAAUCCAACCUAAUAACUGUAUCUUGAGCUAAACGGACUUCACUGUUUUCUCCUAACACAUCUUGUUUACCUCCCCUCGAUGUCCUGCUGUCACUUUUGUGCUCUGAAACGUACCAUAGAGUUUGUUAUGUCUCCUGGCAGUACGCAAGUUGCUGAUCGCAUUUUGUGUUUUGCUGUUCAAUUGUGUUGACUGCACUAAUAAAUUGCCUUUUUCCUGACUCCUUCACAAGCUUCCUUCAGACUCAGGGGUGUUGCAUCCUGCAUGAAAACUUUGCAAAGCUGCUUGGUUCCUUUUUUGCAUUAACCUCUCGGAAAGCUGCUUGGUUCCUUAGUAACAUACUCAGGUACGACAUGGGCGUAGAAAAAUGCAUGACUGCUGCCAUGUCACAGCCAGCCAGCUCUUGUUGAUCACCACUUCCUUCCUUAACCCACAAGGCACUAUAAGGGAUUCAGAGCUAUUUUAAACAGGGGUGAGAGAUGAGCAGCCCAUCACAGCAAAAUCCAGUUUUAUAACGGCAAAUCCAGUUUUAACCCAUGCAUACUAUUCUGCCCAAUGUAGCAUAAACUGACAGCUUGCAGCAUAAGCUGACAACUUGGUUUGUGGGGAGAAAUGUUACUUGGAUUGUAAUCGACAAUCAACCCCAGGUAAUUGCUGUUAAAAGCAAGGAAACCCUUAUUUAAAGCAAAGGAAGAUAUGAAGCUGCCUUAAACUGAGUAAGAAGGUACUGGGCUAUCUUACCCAGUGUAGUCACCACUGACUGAAAGCCGCUCUCCAGGAUCAUAGAAUUGUAGAAUUGGAAGGGAUCCCAAGGGUAAUCUAGUCCAACCCCCUGCAAUGCAGGAUAUCAGUAGUGUUUGCCAACCGUACCUGGAGAUGCUGGAGACCCUGGGUCCUUUUGCACGAACAGUGUUUGGCCAUUGAGCCACAGCCCAGAGGAAUUAUAUGGGGAGAGAGCAAAAAUAGCUAGUAUAAAUUUACUCUGUAAGCUAAGCAAUUGUAAGAAGAAAAAUCGGGAAAGGAGCAGUGGUCACCCCUGAUGUUGACAAGACAACAGCUUCCAUUUUGAACCCUGUGGAAGCAGAAGGAGGGGGUUGCUGGGAAAGUUGGAUCCCCCAAAUCGGGUAUAAGGGGUUGGGAAGGAUUUUUAACCCUUACUGAGUUUUGACCAUUGGGAUAUAUCGUGUUCACACAGGUGUGCCCGCAAACUCUGGGAAGAAGUGGAGAGAAAUGAACAAAUGAUCUUGUUUUGAUAUGAGCAACUAUGGGGUUUGUAGCAGGUGCUCGGAAUGUGUUAGGUAGGUAGAUGGAGAAUGGUGAAAUGAAGCCAUCUGCAGAGGCUUAAAAAACUGGGAGGUCCUUAGGCCCUGGAAGAGACUUUCUUCCCCAGUAGGUUUGCCAGAACUGACCUCUACGGAAAGGGAACAACAGCUCCUGCCAAAUUCAAGCCAAAUUCUUCAACACAGUUUUAGUUAUUAGCUGCCAUGCCUGUUGACAUGUUGCCCGGUUUGCGUUACUUUAGCAAGUUAAUGCCAAAUGAAUUCUAGCUAAACAAAACCAUUGCUUUCUGCUAUGGGGGUUUGAUCUGUUUUUCUGCCACAGCUGCCUUUGGGUACUGUCAAUUAAACUGCUGACAAACACUAGCUAGGGUCAAGCUUAAAAAGAAGAAAGCGUCAGUGGGUACCUUGAUCAUUUGAAACAAUGUGUGUGAAACAGGUUUUCUCUCUUCCCUUAUGUAUAUAUAUUUCCCUUUAUAUUUGGUACAGCCUGAAUUUGUUUUCUGCCAUUUCAAUGGAAAAGGUAAUUUUUAUUCUUUCUCCGCUUAGAAACCGGGUCUGUCUCUCCCUGGAUGUGUGAAAUAAUAGUGGGUUAAGAUGAAUACGUUCUUAGAAGAUCCUUGCUGUAGCUCCUAAGAUGGGAUUCUGAUGGCUCUACUUUCCCAUCUCUUAGCAAAUGGAUACCUUAUCAUGAUUUCUCAAAUUGAGGCCAUAUGCAGCCACCUGGGAGCUUAGUACAGGCAUAAAAGCAUGGAGACUGAGGACAGGGUAGAAAAUAAGGCAGAGAGGUGAGGCCACAGGAGCAAUGGAUGUAGCCACCCGGUGCCUUUUAGUUUCUCACUAGGAAGUUGGUGUGUGCUUUGUAAAGUGGAACUUGAGGUUUCUGAACGAUGUCUUGGCAGUUCUGCCUUUUAACUUCAUGCUUUUGGGUUUUCAGAUGA